AUGGCCAUUGUGGGAAUCAUAGUAACAGUCCUCAUUCACCCAAAUAAUUGUGUGUUAUACUUCAUUGUGGGGAAGAGGGAGGAACUGCUAGAGUAUUCUUCCCAACUUAAGGCAAGAGCAAGAGGCCUCUAUCCCCCACUUACGUAUGUAAGAGCCUUUCAGUUUAGUGGGAACUGUGCCUACACUGGAAGGAAUGAAGGGGAGAUUAAAAUGGAAUCUUACAACUUCAGUUCUUCUUGCUCAAUGUUAGAUUCUCCACAGCUUUGUUUCUCUUUCCUUCCAACUACUGGGGUAAGGGGUUUUGUUUUGUUUUUAUGUUCCCUUGAAAGGAUCAGUCCAGCAGCUGACUUAACUGUAGAAUGUUUUUUUUUUUUUUUCCUUUUUACAUGA